GUCCAGAUCACCGUAACGUUCAACGCGGGCGAUGAUUCAGCAACACGACGACAGGUUUUAACACCACACGGGGACUGACGAGUCGGAAGGGGCUCUUCUUCGAGGCGGAUACCGAACAUCUUCAGCGGGUUGUGACAGUGGGUUGAUUAGAAAGUGCGUGGCACAGAACAGGCAAUCCAUCACCCUGCCAGUCCGCGCGCAGGCGUACAUACCCCCACCACUACACACCCCACCACAGUCACCGUCUGGCUGCAGCUCAUUCGCUGUGAGCUCCGUGGCUAUUGGACAUGGUUUUAGAAGGAAGCUCCGAAGCCUUGUGUCCCCCUCCCUCCCUGGAGCUGCGCCCAUCAUGCAACAAGAGCCAGCCAUCCCCACCUCUGGGCUCAGGCUCUCAGCCCCAUGAGGCCCUGUUCCCUGGGGACAAAGAGCCUAUCAAAUAUGGAGAGCUAAUUGUGCUGGGGCAUAAUGGGUCGCUAGCUAGCGGGGAUAAAGGGCGCAGGAGGAGUCGGCUAGCCCUUUACAAGAGACCCAAAGCCAAUGGUGUCAAACCCGAUGUCAUCCACAAUGUCUCAACACCUCUGGUGUCAAAGGCCCUGAGCAACAAGAGCCAGCACAGCAUCUCCUACACACUGUCAAGGAGUCAUUCUGUUAUAGUGGAGUACACACAUGACCCCAACACAGAUAUGUUCCAGAUUGGCCGUUCCACAGAGAGCAUGAUUGACUUUGUGGUGACGGACACAGCUGGCAGCGGUGGUGGUGGUGGUGGGCAGGGUCAGAGUCAGGGUGGUGCAGGAGGAGAUGGGGGCCAGUCAGCCCAGAGCACAAUCUCCCGCUACGCCUGCCGCAUCAUGUGUGAGCGCAGCGCUCCCUACACCGCCCGUAUCUACGCCGCCGGCUUCGACUCCUCUAAAAACAUCUUCCUCGGGGAGCGGGCAGCCAAAUGGCGGACCUCAGAUGGCCUAAUGGAUGGGCUGACCACCAACGGGGUGCUAGUGAUGCACCCUGCGGGCGAGUUUGUGUCUGAGCCGGCUCCAGGGGUGUGGAGAGAGAUCUCAGUGUGUGGAAAUGUCUUUGCCCUCCGAGAGACACGCUCUGCUCAACAGAGAGGCAAACUGGUGGAAAACGAAUCAAACAUGCUGCAGGAUGGCUCUCUGAUCGACCUGUGUGGGGCCACCCUGCUGUGGCGGACUCCCGAUGGCCUGCGCCGGACGCCUACGCUGAAGCAGCUGGAAUCUCUGCGGCAGGAGCUUAAUGCAGCACGGCCUCAGUGUCCAGUCGGCUUCAACACACUGGCCUUCCCCAGCCUGGCCCAGCGUGCCACCGUCGACAAGAAGCAGCCCUGGGUCUACAUGAACUGCGGCCACGUCCACGGCUACCACAACUGGGGCUUCCGCAAGGAGAAGGGGGUGGGGUCUUCGGCAAUCGGAGGUGGGGCUGGAGCCGGAGGCACUGCCCCAGCCAGCACAGGGGACCGCGAGUGCCCCAUGUGCCGAAGGGUGGGGCCCUACGUGCCCCUGUGGCUGGGCUGUGAGGGUGGGCUGUACCUGGACGCCGGACCCCCCACCCAUGCCUUCUGCCCCUGCGGCCAUGUGUGCUCAGAAAAGACGGUGCAGGGCUGGAGCCAGAUCCCGCUGCCACACGGAACACACGCCUUCCACGCUGCCUGCCCGUUCUGCGGCACGUGGCUGACCGGAGAGCAUGGUCACGUCAAACUCAUCUUCCAAGGGCCCGUUGACUGAGAGCCCACUUUGCACGCUCAAGAGAAUGACUGUGCAACUGUGUGAAAGAGAAAGACUGCCAGACUGAGGUCAGGAUGAACGGAAUCGAGUAGUUCCUCAAUUCAGCACUGAGGAGCCCAUACUCUGCACAUUUUUGUAUUUUUCAUUAUCUGUCACAGUUGAUUUAGCUAAUUAACUCAUUAAUCAACCCUCAGAAGUUGAAAACAUUGCUUUCAUUUUGUUAUGCUGUCCACGUGGAAUUAUGUAAUUAAUCGAUUGAUAUUCUGUACAGACAGAUUUCAGUCAGCACUUCCAACUUUUUUCAUGCUUGAUCUUCUACUUAUGAAUACAAAUGUGGGGUUUAUUCAGUUUUGAAUGUGCAUUUCUGAGAGAGUAUCUCCAAUCCUUUUAAUGAGCUAUGAGUGAGAAAUAAUUCAUAUUGAAUUACUCCAUGCUUUUAACUGAUAACUGAGAUUUCUAAGGGUUAACAAGCCUCUCAGAUGGGUCAAGUGUGUUCUAGUAGGGAAAACCCAAAAAUGUGCAGAGCGUGGGUUUCCUAGUGUGAAGAUUGGGAACCAUUGUUAUAGAUGGACAGAACUGUAUUACACUGCACCGUGAGAACCGUGCUUUAAAAAAAUACAAAAACAUCUACUGUGCGCUGUGUGUCGAGGAUUAUGUAAAUAAAGGUGAUGAAAUAAAAAGGAGAUGAAAUGAAA